AUGUCUGACAACGCCGACCCCGAUGUCAUCCGCGUGUCCUAUGAGGGCCGCGUCGCCGUCCUGACCAUUGACAACGCCAAGAAACUCAACGCGCUGUCGCUGGGCCAGUACUAUGACCUGGCCGUCAAGCUCAGCGAGAUUGCCAAGCGCGACGACAUCUAUGUCACUCUUCUGACGGCCAACGGCCGCUUCUUUUCCGCCGGCGCCGACGUCUCCCUUGCAGAGGGCACCCCCCUCGGCCAAGGCCGUGACGCCCACCAGCACUGGCUGCGCUCGUUUGUGGCCAACAACCUCAACAUUGCCCGCGCCUUCUACACGCACCCCAAGAUCCUGGUCGUCGGCCUGAACGGCCCGGCCAUCGGCCUGUCGGCGGCGCUCGUCGGUUUCGCCGACUUUGUCUACUGCACGCCCUCGACCUUUUUGCUGACGCCCUUCAGCUCGCUCGGUCUCGUCGCCGAGGGCGGUGCGUCGCUGGGUCUUGUGCAGCGCCUCGGCCGCUCCAAGGCCAACGAGGCCCUGAUUAUGAGCAAGCGCAUCUCGAGCGCCGAGCUGCUGCAGACGGGCUUUGUCAAUGCCAUCUUUGACGGCGAGGACGCCGCGUCCGACGCGGCUUUCCACAAGCGCGUGCUCCGCGAGAUCGACGACCGCCUAGGCGACCACCUAAUUGGCGACUCGAUGUUGGGCAUCAAGCGGCUGAUACGCCGCGCCGACGACGAGACGCUGGACCGCCAGAACGUCAGCGAGGUGUUUGCCGGUCUGGAUCGCUUCAUGACCGGCGUGCCGCAGGAGGAGUUCCGCAAGCUGGCCAUGGGCGAGAAGCGGCACAAACUGUAA